ACAACCAACAACAUAAUACAAUACCAGUAAGUUCUAACAAAAAAAGCAAAGCACUAAAAUGGCAAAGCAGUAGCAAAUUGAGCACUAGUAAAAACGAAGUUCUAGCAAAAGAGCAAAGCAAA